CACCAUAUGUGGGCUCAGUUGAAUGUCUCUGUCAUUGGAUGGCUGUGUGUGUGUGUGUGUGUCAGUAGUACCUCGGAAUCAGAAGCGUCCUGGUCGGUGUCAGCGCUGGUGUACAUUUGCAUAGUAGCUGGAGUCGAUCUUUGUACAUACUUCAUGUUGCUCUUCAGAAGGGUCGGUCAGGGAAAUUAUUCUCAGUUGAUUUCUAAUUCUUCUGUGAGGUGAUAAUAUUCUUCUCAAAAGGUAGUUAAUUAUAAUCACAAAUGAUAAUAAUUUUCCCGUUCAGGUUCUCUUUUGGCACAAAUUAGAUAUUGACUUGUGCCGCUAUUCAAUGUCACUAUAAAGUUCACUCUUGAUUUACAAAGCUUGGAGUAAAAUAAAUGUCAGAGGGGCGAAGGCUCACAGGCCAGCGUAACCAUAUCUGAGCCACUGCGGCCUGUUAUAGAUGCAUACAGGAGUCCAGCUCUAGCUCUGUGGGAGAAUGGAGGCCAAAGCUUCCUCUAUCCUGGAGGAUGAUGAUCUCUCCUGUGCUGUAUGUAGAGAGGUCUUCUCUGUUCCUGUGGUUCUCAGCUGCCAUACCUGUGGCUGUAGCUUCUGCAAUCCCUGUCUGGAUGAGUUCUGGGAGCAGCAGGGUUCUGAAAUAUGUCCUUUGUGCAUCAUCGACUACCCUAGAGGUCCUCAGAGAACGUGUGAGGAACACAGGGACAAACUGAAGAUCUUCUGUGUCACGGACCUGCAGCCUAUCUGUGAUUAUCAUUGGUCAGUUGACCAUAAGGAUCACAAAGUGUACCCAAUAGCUGAAGCAGUGGUGGACUGCAAGGAGGAACUUAAGACUGCACUGACGCCAUUGAAGGAGAAGCUGCAGCUGUACAAGAAGGCUAUGAUCAUCUGUGAUCAAACGGCAGAGCACAUCAAGAACCAGGUUGAGCAUACUGAAAGGCAGAUAAAGGAUGAGUUUGAAAUCCUUCGCCAGUUCCUGAGAGAUGAGGAGGCAGCCAGAUUGCAUGCUCUGAAGGCAGAGGAGGAUCAGAAGAGUCUGCUUAUAAAGGAGAAGAUUGAGGAGAUGUCCAACGAACUGACGUCCCUCUCAAACACCAUCAGAACCGUAGAGCAAGAGAUGAGGUCUCAGGACAUCCCAUUCUUACAGAACUACAAGGAUAUCAUCAAGAGAACCUGGCGUUUGCCGCUGGAUCCAAAGAUGAUUCCUGGAACUCUGAUUGACGUGGCAAAGCACCUGGGUUCUGUAAAGUUCAACAUCUGGGACAAGAUGAAGAGCAUCAUUCAAUAUACUCCUGUGACUCUGGACCCCAACACAGCCGCUAGCUGCUUCAUCCUGUCUGAGGAUCUAACCGUGGUCCAGUGCUGCUCCCAGGUCUUCAAGCUCCCCAACAACCCUGAGAGGUUUGACGUCAGCGCUGAGUUACUGGGCUCUGAGGGGUUCUGCUCUGGCCGCCACAGCUGGGAGGUGGAGGUAAAGGAUAAUACAUACUGGGUGAUAGGCGUGGCCAGCGAGUCCAUCAACAGGAAGGGCAAGCACGUGCUGACGCCGGCCGAGGGCUUCUGGACUAUACGCUUCCGCAACGGCGAGCACAAGGCGUGCACGGCACCGUGGGCGCCCUUGACCAUGAUGAGCAAGGAGCCCCAGGUCAUCAGGGUGGUGUUGGACAUGGACAGGGGCAAGGUGACCUUCUUUGACCCCAGGGAGAGGACGCCCCUCUAUACGUUUACAGACCUCAUCUCACCCCGGGUGUUCCCUUACUUCUGCACGGCCUGUAAGGAACACCCACUGAGACUGCUGCCCGUCAGGUUGUCUGCUGCUGUGGAGCACUAGAGAGCUCCAUGGAGGCUCAGUUACUUACAGAUAUUGAUCCAGUUGUGUUUACUACCUAGUCCUAGAAGAUAAAGGCUGAUCACUUGGAAGGGACAGUCUGGAAUAAAGCAUGUAAUGGUCUUA